AUGAAAAACAGUCAGCAAAAACAAGAUUUCAAAAAAUACCUUCAAGAAAUAGAGAAACCUGAUUACGAUGGACCAGAUAUCUCCCGUGCUUUACCUGCUAAUGCUUCUUCUUUGGAAAGAGCCAAAUAUAAACUUUGUGAAAAAAUAUUAGCUUACCAGCAAGAUAACAACUUACCAAUUGAAGAAGUAGCCGAUAGAAUUAAACUAACCACCGCCGAAACCAAAGAUAUUUUUCAUUAUCACUUAGACUGCUUUACUUUUGACCGCUUAAUUACUUAUGCUAAUCGUCUAUUUUCUCCUGCUAAAAUUGAAGUAACCAUCAGCGAGAAAAAAGACAACUUACAUGUCCGAACUGUUUAA